AACGUUUGGUCAAAUAACCCGCUCGAAACGGCCCCGCCUCCACCAGCCCAAGGACUGCAAUUCCCAGAGGCCUCCAGGUGACCUGGCCGUCUGAAGUUAAGGUGUACAGGCACAGCAUUCGCCAUCUUAUUCCACUAAAGUCAGUGUGAAGCGUUGAGUCCCAGCUCCUCAUUCUCCAAGUCUCUGCUACGUACCGUGGAAGAUCUCUAGGCGCUGAAAGUGGACAGCCCGGAGGCUUCUAGGAGUUGAAGGGUGCCCCUGAAAGACUCCAGCUGGUGUAGGCCUUCUUCAGAGCUAGUCCAGUCCAGGAUGGCUGUAUCACUAACAGCAGCUAAAACUCUGGCCCUUCAGGACCCACAGGAACAAGAGAAGAUGAUGAUUAUGGAGCCAAAAGAAGAGGAGGAGGCUUGGGAGUAUGAGACCAGAUUACAGGGGAACCAUUCUCCCAGUCCAGAGAUCUUCCGGCAGCGCUUCAGGCAACUCUGCUACCAGGAGACCCCUGGUCCCCGGGAGGCCCUGAGCCGACUGCGGGUGCUCUGCCGUGAAUGGCUGAGGCCAGAGAGGCACACCAAGGAGCAGAUGCUGGAAUUGCUAGUGCUGGAACAAUUCCUGACUAUCCUGCCCAUGGAGCUCCAGUCCUGGGUGCUGAGACAUCACCCUAAGAGUGGAGAGGAGGCCGUGACUGUGCUGGAGAAUUUAGAGAAGGGACUUGAUGAACCAGGACUGCAGGUCCCAGGCCCUGCACAUGGACUUACGCAGGAAGAGCCAUGGAAAGAGAAGGCACCUCCAGGAGCAGCUCAGGAAGCACCGAGCAUCUGGUUCCAGCCCAAGGAGAUCCAGCUCAAAUGUGAAUCAGAGGAGACCCAGCCUCUCCCAGAGAAUGGACAGGUAUAUUUACAUUUCCCAUCAGUUGUCGCAGAUGAUGACCCAGAGCCCAAGGCCAAAGGAUCAUUGCCAGAACCACCUGUUGCUAAAGUGGAAUCACUGGUGUUCUCAGAAAAGCAUGCUGCUGGUGCCUCUACAUUUGAAGCUGCCUCUGAAGUUGAGGGCACCUUAGAGCAGCAGCAGGGAAAUCCCAAAGAGGAGAGACUGAGGACGUCCCCUGUCCAGGGGAAAAGUUUUGGGCAGAUGGUUGUCCCUCAUAAGAAAACUCCCAUAGGGAAAAAAGACCAUGAAUGUAGUGAAUGUGGUAAAAUCUUUCAUUUUAACUCACACCUUAAAAUACACCAGAGAAUUCAUUCUGGAGAGAAACCGUAUAAAUGUAGUGACUGUGGGAAAACUUUCCAUCAGAGCUCUAACCUCAUUCAGCAUCAGAGAAUUCAUACUGGAGAGAAACCCUUCGAGUGCAGUGAAUGUGGGAAGUCCUUCAGGUGGAGUGCCCAUCUUGUGCAACAUCAAAGAAUUCAUUCAGGAGAGAAGCCCUAUGAGUGUAAUAAGUGUGGCAAGGCCUUCAGUCAAAGCUCAUACCUAAGUCAGCAUCUGAGAAUUCACAGUGGAGAAAAACCUUUUAUAUGUCAAGAAUGUGGAAACACCUACAGGUGGAGUUCAGAGCUUUUUCGACAUCAAAGAGUUCACACCAGAGAAGAGCCUUCCCAGUGUAAUGACGAAAAAGCUGCUUACCUAGUCCCUACAGAUCAUCACUUCUUGUUCCUUGAUUAGGAUGACCAUAUCAGUUCCUUGGGCUGAGGUUCCCCCAGCUGUGCAGCUGAAUAAACAAAAGAACUUGCACCUGAGCCUGAUACCGCCACCGCUGCCCCCCUGCCCUGCAGCUGUCACAACCGCUGCCUCAGGACCAGCUGUAUGAUUAGACCACAGCCAUCAAUGAGUAAAUAUAUGUCUCAGUUCUGUGGUGGUCUUAGCCACACCUUUAUGGGGUUAUUUCUGCCAGGCACAGCACAACCUCUGUACAGACCAGUGAACUAGGAAUUCGUUAUUAUUCCAGCAAGAAAAUCCCGUAAGAGCAGCUAACCUGGAUGCAGAAGUGUUGGACUGAAAUCCACAGGGCAUUUUACAAGCAAUUUAGGACACAGCUCUUGUGAAAGGCGGCAUCCAUGUGCUUAAUUGGCUUUUUGAUUAUGCUGCACCAUCAUCCAACCAGAUUGUUGAUGACUGGUUAAGUUUUGUAAAAAUUAAGUUUUCCUGAAGAACCUGGUUGCUGUAUUGCUGUUCACUGUGUUGUAGGUCUUGGGUGAGUUCCAGUGCUUGUUGCCCCAGGAUUAAUUGAAGGUAGAAUGAAAUAUGAAGAUGCAGUACAGUUCCUGAGACAAAAGUGGCAUGGAGCUUUUAACAGCAAGCAAUUUUUGUAUUUGGAAAAGUAUCAGCCUAAAAUGCAAUUGUGCUUCAAAGACUCCAAUGGUCAUAGAAACAACUGUUGGAUUCAAUAAAACUGGGGUGCCUGAGGCUAUUGCCUUGGAAGUGGAA